AUGAAUAAAGCACUGAAAGCUACAAAAACACAAAGAGAUAUUGUUUACAGCGUUUGUUCUUAUGGUUUAGAUAAAGUAUGGGAAUGGGGACCCAAUGUUGGUGGAAACUUAUGGAGAACAACCAACGAUAUAACAGACACUUGGUUCAGUAUGAAAGUAAUAGGUUUUGAAUCACCAAAAUCUAUCGCUUCUUUCUCUCGUCCAAACGGUUGGAACGACCCCGAUAUGCUUAUUCUCGGCAAGCUCGGUUGGGGCAAAGAACUACGCAAUACUCGCCUUACUUGCAACGAACAAUAUACCCAUUUUACACAAUGGGCGAUGUUGGCUGCUCCACUUUUUCUGGGUUGUGACUUAACUCAAAUGGAUGAUUUUACAAUGGGUUUGCUUACUAAUGAUGAAGUGAUAGAAGUAAACCAAGAUUUAUUGGGUAAACAAGCGACGCUUAUUUAUGAAAAUGCAGAUAUACAAGUAUGGAGAAAAGCAUUGGAAAAUAAUAAGCAG